AAAACAAAGAACAAUAAAUAAAAUGUCAUAAAACUGCAUUCGUAAUAAAAAAUAUAAUAUUGUUAAAGUACGUGAACCGCACGCUUGAUUGUAUCGUCGAAUACAAAGGCUUUCAAAGAAAUGAAAUUAAUUUCGAAAUGUAUAUUUUUGAUAGUGUAUUCGUGAAGGUUGUUUGUAUGAUGUGUUACGUGUACGUUAGUUGUCAACGGGCUCGAAGUAUAGAGGAAGAAAUAGAUGAAGAGACUCUCCCUGAGGAUCAUUACUCAUUCGUUGCUUUAAUUGAUAUUGUUUUCACAAAUGAAGCGAAAAAGACCUGCACCGGAACAAUUAUUCAUGAUAACGUCGUUAUAACGGCCGCACAUUGCUUCAACUUCAAUGAAGAUGAGGAUAUACAACCAGAGCUGACGGCAUCAUUCGUGGUAAUAGGAACGAAAAAAAUGUUUGAUACAGGCUACGAACAGUACUUGCCAAUAGAGAGGAUUAUAAUCCACCCACAAUACAAGGGGUGGAUAGCGAACCUUGCUUUAGUUCGCACAUUUGCGGGCAUGAUGUCCGACAAACCUGGCCAAGUUGUGCCUCUGGCUACAGAGACAACAAGCACACCUGUUGAUUCUGACGUCCUCGUGUUCAGUUGGGGUAAAAUACAUGAUGUAAAAAAUGCAUUUACUCCGGUAAAAAAAAUUACUAUUUCCGAAAAUUCAUUUGAAGAGUCCUGUGAAGAAGGAGAACAUAAAGAAGAAACACAUAAUAUGAAUAAUAGUAAACGACGAAAAAAGAUAAAACGCAAACGCUUGAGACUUGAAAACAAGAAGAACGUGGACCAUAAUACUAUGUCAGUGACUAGAACACGAGGACAUACUAUAUGGGUACCAAUACGAAAAAAGUUCGAAAACCCUGUCUCAUCUUUUGAAGAAAACAGCCGUUUUAACUUUAAACAACAGCGAUAUGAAAAUUUAACAGAUUUUAAUAGUGAAAUGGAACAAAGGAGUUGGGAAAACAAAUUGGAAAAGCUUAACCAAUUGUAUAAAAAUUCAGAAGUUAAUAGAGAUCGAAUGAGACAGAGAGAUCGUCGACAAACUGGAAAGAGUAUGUCGUAUUACAAAAAUGGUUGGCGGCGAAAAUUGGGCGAUCAACAAAAUAAACUUACAGUUGAAAUUUUUGGAUACAUAAAUAUGCACUCUUGUCAAAAAAUGCUGCGUAAAGCGGUGCCACGUUUAUACAGAGGAGCAAAAAAACGUCAAGAUGUUCUGUGCUAUACAAGUGAACGGCGCUACAUAACUGAGUACGAUGCAGGAGCUCCAGCGAUGCGUCGUGGACGGUUGGUGGCUGUGACGGUGGGAAGUGUGGACUUCGAGGGAGAACAUGUCGCAGUGGGCUUGAAGAUGGUCUGCUUCUGUAAUUGGAUUGCUGAAAACCUUCCGAAAGGUGGUUCAAGACCUCAAUGCUGCAAAAACUGUUGUGAUGCCAAUAGUGAAGAAGAAGACACAAAUAAGCCUUAUAGACAUUCGCACAGAAAGAGAAAGUUUUGAUCAUCAAUCUUAGGUAUUUUUAUUUAU